GUCACAACAGGCGCCUAACAAGCCAUUCACCCCGUCGGGAGCUGUUCUCCACCGUGCUUAUUCUUUGUGCAUUGUUCAACAGCCAUGAGAUGCACUCGCCAGGUAUUUAACCACCACCAACUGCCUUGGAAUUCAAGCUCAACAUCUGGGCAUCCAGGUGGCAUCCUUCGAUUGAAAUUAGCCUCCCUAUACCUCCCUAGGUACUCACUCAAUUUAUCAAUUUUGAAUAAUUAACAGUCUUCAAGAAUAAUCAACUGGGUAAGUCAAAAUGCCACCCCUCUCCAGCAACUCGCACUCAUCAGACUCUAACUGGGACGACUGGAGUACUACUAGCACUAGCUCGGACUCUGGCACGGACACCAGCGAGUCCACUUGUUCCUGCAGCAGCAGCACGUCGACGGUCAAUUUCGGAUACGAGGCGUUUGAAACAUUCCAGCUUCGUGCCUUGGAGCUCGCGGAGAGAAACAGCGCUUUGCUGUGGCCCGAGUCCGCUUAUGACGUGGACGGCGAGAUAGCCGUCGAGCGCAUGAGGGGGGGCGGCUUCAACCGCGUCAUCGGCCUCAGCCGGCACUCGGGGCAGGGCGACUACGACGACGUGCAGCACUACAUCCUGCGCAUCCCCCGGUAUCCCGACAGCGACUUCGAGAGCGACAUGGCCUCGCUGCUCUUUGUGCAGAACUACACCAGGAUCGAGACUGCCGGGCUAGUGGCCUUUGACCGCUCCGGGGACAACGCCGUCGGCAGUCCCUUCAUGAUCCAGAGCCGCGCCCCGGGAACUAACCUGGUCUUGGGGUUCCACGACCUCGACCACGCGGCCCGCUGUAGGCUGGCGCGGGACCUCGGCUAUGUGUUCCGCCAGAUGCUCGAGACUAAGAGCAGCGUGCCGGGGCAGCUGGUGCUGUCGCCGCCAGACGAGUACGGGCACCAGGAGGUCAUGGUCGGGCCGUUGGACGCCGGAAACACGGCGCCCUUCUGCUGCUAUAACGGCUCCCACGGCCGGCCCCGGGACCCUCUCGCGGCCUCGCCGUACGACCCCUGCCCUGCGGCUAACCCGCCCUUUGCCAUAUGGCUUACUGCCAUUUUCAGGGCGCAAAAGACGUACCUGGAGAUCCUCCCCGACGAUGUCAGGAACCGGGAUGAUACUACGGGCGUCUCCCUCGACGAGGAGCUCGACGGCUUCAUCGAGAUGGCCGAGGGGCUAAGCGCGGACGGGUGGCUAGACAACGUCUCGUGCUCGCUCGCCCACCUCGACCUCGAGUGCCGCAACAUGCUCGUAGACCCCGGCGCGGCCGAGAACCUGAGCAGCCUCGCGGUGCUCGACUGGGACGGCGCAAUCCUCGGCCCGGCCUUCAUGUCGUGCGCGCCGCCCAUGUGGCUCUGGACCCGGACCGCUGACCGGGUCUGUCCCUGUGCGCAGUGCCUGGGCGAGCUGACCGCCAACGACGACCCCGCGACCCCCGAGGCCCGCGAGCUCAAGCAGCUGUUCGAGGACGCCGCCGGCCCCGACUACCUCCGCUUCGCCUACCAGCCUCAGUACCGCCUCGCGAGGAAGCUGGUGCGCUUUGCCCUCCGGACCCAGUACACGGACAAGGACGGCGACGAGGCCAGCGAGAUGUUGGACGAGUGGCACGACCUCCGCAUGCAGAAUGGUGCCGUUCACCAGUAGUAAUUAAUUAUAUAACUUGCCCAAGGCACUUGGCCAGGAAUAAAAGAGUUUGUAAUAACGGC